GAUUCGAAGAUCGAGACGUACAAGAAGAUGUGGGAGUUUAUGUCGAAACACGAGAAGGAGGUCUUUGUGAAUAGCACGCAAGACGGAGUGACCAAGGUGCGUCAGGGCAACUACGCCUUCAUCCUCGAGUCUACCUGGAAUGAGUACUACGUCCAGCGGGACUGCCGGCUCAUGCAGGUCGGUGGAAUGCUGGACUCUAAAGGAUACGGGAUUGGACUGCAACAGGUGUCGGCACCAAAGCCGCCAUCACCACGACUGUUUGUAGAAACAAAGACACACCCUGAGUCGACGGGGGGCUCACGAGGAGAGAGCAUUUCACACAGUCCUACUUGCCAUACGGAAUACCCAUCCCGACUGGACUGGGUUGUAAAUUCGACUUCGCCCGCGACUCACCAACAUCCAAAAUGGCAAUCUAAACGAGACGGGGCACCUAAAGUGACGACAGAUGACCGUUCCGAGACAGCGGAAAGUGUGCUUGUUGGUGGGUUGCAUACAGACCAUCUGCGACUUUAUCUGCUCUUCCAAUCGGCGAAUUUAUCUCUUUUCGUCGUGGUUAUUUUUCGCUAA